UGUGUGCUGCUAGAAAAAUAAGAGUGACACUGACGCUGCUGUGUCCAUAGUAACUGGCACCUGCAGAGGAUGCAAACAAACAUUGGCUUAUUCUGCAAAGCUUUCAAUGCUGUAAAACCGGAGCCAGCAAACUAAAACAUGACAUGAAUGCUAAAUGUUUACUGUAUUUCUGGUAAAGAUGUCGGGACGGCAAAUAAAUAAGAUAGGGACACUGCAGAACGAAAGAAGACGCGUAUUAUUAAGACAACGGUGUAUAUUGAUACGUUUCAAUUAUAAUAAUAACAGAAACAUGAUUUAGAGAUAGAUAAUGUUAAGUUGCAGUAGUUUGCAACCUCUGAAAUGCGUUUAUUUCACGAAAUAUUCCAGAACAGUUGAUGCAGCAGUUGUAUUUUUUGUAUUGAUCGCAAUUAGGAAAAUAAUCGCAUUUAUUUGUAUUCAUGUAUGUAAAUGAACAUCUAGAAUUCCAGCGCGGUGGCCUUUUAACUAUUUUAAAACGAAUUAUUAAUAAUUAUUAAUAAAUAUCUAAUUAAUUCCCAAUUUAAGCUUAUAGAUAGCCUAUAAAAAUUGACGCGUACUAAUAGCGAUAUAAACAGUAUUGCCCAAUUAUAUAUAUAGGGAUUAACGAGGCUCUGCUGCAUUAAUUAAUUAAUUAAUUAAUUAAUUAAGAUUUAGGAGGCUGUGCGCAGUUGAUCUUUGGAUGGGUGCUUUUACCGAUCGCUCUUUACUUCAUUUCCUCAUUUAAUAUAGGACAGUGAAACAUGCUGCCAGGCUCAAUUCAGAUCACAGGUGAAGCCCUUUCUGGAGCUGAGAUUAAAGAUAUAUGCGAUAGUUUGAAGGAAAACAGCGUGAGGCUCCUGUCGGUGCGGGGUUGCCAGCUUUCUGAUGGAGAUUUCGGACGGGUGUGCAGCGGCGUAGCAGAGUGCCACACGCUGGCUCAACUGAACCUCAAUCUGGGGGUUGUCUCCAACAUCAGCAGGGUCAAACAGCUCGCCGAGGCGCUGACCUCCAACAGAUCGGUCCACGCUUUAUUUCUUCAUGGAAGCCCCCUGACUGACGAGGGGCUGGCCUGUCUGAACCCGUCGCUGUCCACUCACCCCUCCCUUGUCUCACUGGACCUCGGAGACUGCAUGCUGGGGGAUGAAGGGCUCCAGCUCAUCUGCGGGAUGCUGCCACCAGAUGGAGCCAAAUCAGGACUGAAGGAGUUGACCCUGAGCGCAAACCCUGCCGUCACUUCCAAAGGCUGGGCUCGGCUGGCCAUUGCUGUAGCCCACAGCUCCCAGCUGCGGGUUUUAAACCUGGACUACAACCCCUUAGGAGACCAGAUGGCCGGGAUGCUGGCUGUUGCCGUGGCGUCAAGCCGGACACUGGAGGUUUUAGAUCUUGAGGGAACAGGUCUCACCAACCAGUCUGCACAGAUCUUCCUGGACAUGGUGCAGAACUACCCAACGUGCCUGCGGAUGCUGAUCCUGGCUGAGAACAACAUCAGCACAGAGCUGCAGCAGCAGAUCUCAGACCUGCUGUCCGAGGGGGAGGAGGACGACGACAAGGAGGAGGAGGCGCUGGGGGGUGCUGGGAGCAGGGAGAGGGAGAAGACCAUCUGGGUCUCCCAAAACAAUUCAAGUUCACACUUGGUCUUGGUGACGUCAGGACUCGGAGACAACCUAUUGGCCGAAACGGAGAUGUAACCCUGGAAUCCUCUCUCCCUACUGCAGCGUAGCCUGUCACAGGAUGCAGUCAGCUGAUGGUGAACAACCAAUCACUUUGCAUGGUCUUUUAGCACUUGUAUAUAGAGUUAGACAAACGUUAUAAAAAGGCACAGGUUUUGAUUGAACACACAGGAUCAAUUGCAACAAACUUGUAGAUUUAGUAUGGAGCUGCGGACUAAGUUGCAGACUAGCUAAUAUGGUACUCUCUCUGGAUCAUCCCCAGCUGUGUACUAACUUGCAAUGAAAGAAGAUGAGGAACAAAGCUGGGGACUAGCUGAUCCCCAGCUUUAGUGCAGAGCUCAGUAGUAAGUUCUUUAUUGUAUUGUGCUACCAAACAGGAACUGAAGGGGGAGCUCAAAAUUUGAGUGAUUGGUUCCAGCUAAAUAUAUUUUCAGUGUUAUUUUUUUGUUAAGAUCAAAAUCUUUUUUUUUUUUUUUUUUUUAAGAAACCGAAGAUCUUUUAUUUUUUUUAAUUAAAAAAUGUUGAACUUAAGAAUUAUGUAUGGAAAUGUAUUUACGCACGAAAGUAAAUGCUAAGUCUGAAUUGCAUAAAAAUAUUUUCCCAUUUUCUUAAACCAAAUUCACAUGUAUAAAUCAAACUUUCCUAAAACACCACUAAAAUUAAUUAAGCUGCAUUGGAGGGCAACCUAAACUAAAUGUAUUCGUUUAUUGGACCAAAGGUGUAUUGUAGACAGGGCCAUAUAACCAGAGCUGCCAUUCUUUAUAUAUACUGUGUAAGACUGAUUGAUAUUUACUAUUCAACCUCCAAAUCUAUGUUACACGGCAAACUAACAGAGAAAAUACUUUACCAGAAUUUUUACAUGAGCAUCAGCAUUUAUAAUGCGAAAAAACCCAACCUAGAACACAAGCUCAGUGUCUGUUAGCUCGUUACAGCCAUGAUUGUAGUCCUUUUUCCAUCCAACUUUUAAGCUCGGUAAAACUUAUACGAAUACGAAGAAACACAAUUACUGAACGAAUACGAUGUUGUCUCUGCACUUGAUUUGUUUACGUUUUAAGUUCAAAGUUUCUACCCAUUAGUUUCAAUUAAAAAAAAGAAACUAAUAUAUACAUAAUUGUUAUUAAACUAUACUUCUGAAAUAAUGAAUUUGUUUUCUACAAACAGGUAGUGUGCUCCCUGACUAUUUUAGGGAAUCCUUCCGAAUCAUAUUAUCCAUCAAUUCAAAUCAUGUGAUUAACACUAUCCCAAUGGACGGUGUCCCCGUAUAUAAACCAAUCAGUAUUAGUAUUUUUUUUAUUUUUUCGUGUCACUGCCAAAAAUGCACUGAUUUGCCUGACAAUCACACAGGAAAAUCUUAUUGAAUGUGUCACCUUUUGCUAAAGUUAUUCAUUUUAAAUAAAUUACUCCACCCCCCCCCCCCCCCCCCCCAAUUUGUA